AAACACUCGUCAUGCAGACUGCAGUGCAGUGUUUACAGUGGUGUUUAUUACAGGGUAGAGGAAGAGAGCACUUAUGUCUCGGUUACACAUACUAGGAAAAUUAUCCAGUGGAUAGUUCUUGACAACUUCUCACGUAUUAAUAUCCAGCAGCUUCACCUGGUAAAGGUUUUAAAAACAUCUAAACUCCUCUGAGGAGCAUUUCCCUAAGGGAGAGGACAUCUUGGACUAUAAGAACAGAGGAGAACAGCGGGGCAGCCGGAGCUGCAGUUCAGGUAAAGCAGCAUGUCUACUAUGGUGUUCCCCUCUGGAGAGAAGCUGGAGAGACUAAACCAGGAGGAGAUCAUCUCCAGCACCAGACUGGUGAUCCAGGGGCUGGAUGCACUGAAGAAUGAGCACAACACCAUAUUACACAGCCUGGUGGAGACCAUUAAGUGCUUGGCCAAGGAUGAGGAGGCCAGCUUGGUGUAUGAGAAGUCCUCACUGCUCCGCAAGUCUGUUGAGAUGAUCGAGCUGGGUUUAGCCGAGGCACAGGUAAUGACAGAUCUGGCGAGCCACCUCGGCACCAUCGAGUCGGAGAAGCAGAAGGUGAGGGCACAGGUGCGACGGCUGUGUCAGGAGAACCAGUGGCUGCGGGACGAGCUCAGUAAGACUCAGCAGAAGCUGCAGAAAAGCGAGCAGCUAGUAGCUCAGCUAGAGGAAGAGAAAAAGCACCUGGAGUUCAUGAACCAGAUGAAGAAGUAUGAUAAGGACAGCCCAUCCGUGCCUGAAGAAGAAAAUGAGGACGCUUCAAAAGACACUCUGGAUGAUCUUUUCCCCAACGAUGAAGAGGGAAAUGAACCUAGAGCUACUCGCCAGCCGAGCAGUGCAGCACUGGCAGCAGCUCAGCGGGGAGGCUAUGAGGUUCCAGCCCGUCUUCGAGCCCUCCACAACCUGGUGAUCCAGUACGCCAACCAGGGCCGCUACGAAGUGGCUGUGCCUCUCUGCAAACAGAUGCUGGAGGAUCUGGAGAGAACCUCAGGCCGUGACCACCCUGAUGUAGCUACCAUGCUUAACAUCCUCGCUCUGGUUUACAGGGACCAAAACAAUUACAAGGAAGCCUCUCGUCUCCUGUAUGAUGCCGUGGCUAUUAGAGAGAAGACUCUGGGUGAGGAGCACCCAUCGGUAGCAGCCACACUGAAUAACCUGGCGGUGCUUUAUGGGAAGAGAGGGAAGUAUAUCGAGGCUGAGCCACUGUGUAAGAGAGCUCUGGAACUGAGGGAGAAGGUGCUGGGAAGGGAUCACCCCGAUGUGGCUAAGCAGCUGAAUAACCUUGCUCUGGUGUGUCAGAACCAGGGUAAAUAUGAAGAGGUGGAGUACUACUACUGCAGAGCUCUGGAGAUCUAUGAGAAGACGCUGGGCCCAGAUGACCCCAACAUUGCAAAAACAAAGAACAAUCUGGCAUCCUGCUAUCUGAAACAGGCCAAGUACAAGGAGGCUGAGAUCCUAUACAAAGAGAUCCUCACACGAGCCCAUGAAAAGGAGUUUGGGAUUGUAGAUGCUGAGAACAAACCUAUCUGGAUGCACGCUGAGGAGAGGGAGGAGAGUAAAGGUAUGCCAGGUGAUGAUACUCUUUGUGGUGAACUUAAGGACUGGUAUACAGCCUACAAGAUAAACAGCCCUACAAUAAGCACUACCCUACGAAAUCUUGCAGUUCUGUAUCGCCAGCAGGGUAAAAAUGAUGCAGCAGAAAUGCUCGAGGAAUUUGCCAUGAAAAUCCGGAAACAGGGAGCAUCAGUGGAUCCUCUGAAGGACACCAUACGAAAAAGGAGCACAUCCCUCUACAGUGUGAAGUAUGAACCUGGAGAAGAUGGCAGUGUGGAGUGGAACGGGGAUGGCACUCUGAGGAGGAGCGGUUCUCUGGGGAAACUGCGGGAGGUGCUGCGGAAGAGCAGUGAGAUGUUAGUGAAGAAACUACAGGGAACCAUACCACCGGAAUCAUAUAACCCCAACAUGAAGAGGGCUGCCUCACUGACGUACCUGAACAGGAGUGGAGAUGAUGAAUCUCAUCAGAGCGUCGGGUCCAGCAGGAGGCUGAGAGAGAGUCGAAUCCUGAGCUCCAGCACUGUGGAGCUGUACCGCAGCACCAGCCAAUAGAAAACACACACACACAAACACACACACACACACUCCUAAAUGCUGUAUUGUCUUUUAUUUGUCAUAUCGCUUUUCUUUUAAUCAAUUUCUGUUUAUUUUAUGAAUCGUGUCACCAGCUUUAUGUUUAAAUGGAUGGAAUUUUAAAGGUGACAUAUUAUGCAAAACUCAUUCAUCAAUUUUCUGUGAAUCAGGUUAAAGCAGAGACUGUAAAAAAAGAUGGACGCCGUGUCGCCAUUCCCAUUCACUCAAUUAAAAUGAAGCCAAAAUCUUCCUCCAUGUUGGCGAUCCUGAUACCCGAGUCUGCGCAGUAGAGACCAGAGGAAAGAGAAAGACUGUGGAGAGACAGCAUACUCAUUUAAAUAACCCCGCCCCUGAGGACUGCCUCGAGGUCACAGGCUGCAGAGCGGGGCGGAGCGGAGCUGACGAUCUGUUAUUGGUCCCGCCCAUAAGCAGCCCUUUUACAAUAACCACACCUUUUUUUAAUAGAGCUGAAUAACGUUUUAAAAAACGAAUUCUGUGGGGAUAUAAAAUUUAACAAUAUAUGCAGAGGUUACACUAGCUGCUGCAUUUAAAUAAUGGAGGUAGAAUUACAGUAUAUUAGAAAAAAAAUGUGAUUGAAAGUUGUUCUGUUUUGCCAUUGAAACCUAUGGGGAUGGGUGGGGUUACACAGCUUUCUGAAACCGAACAGCAGGGGGCGCCCGACCUGUGGUGGCUUCACUUUUGAGAAACAAUGCUCUGUCCAGCUAUACACAGUCUAUGGGUUAAAGAGUUUGGUGUCAGAAAGCCGUUUGGAUGCCUUCUUAUUGUGACAUCACAAAAAGUAAACCUGCUUAAAACCACCCUGGCACCACACCUCACCUGUCAACCCACACCAGAGCCCCAGUUAAAGAAACGCCUCAUCAAGUCUGAGUGAGGGAUCUGUACCUACUGUCUGUGUCACGUUCUUUCGAAUAUUGAUUUGUUUUAUAAUCUAGCACUAACACAUGCUUCCUCUGAUACAUGUGAAGUCAGACUCCGCUUCUUUUCGAGCUGCUGCUGAUGCAGCAUUACCGAGCAGCAUCACAGCGAUAACAUUCGGAGGAAAGCGCAGUGACUCGGUUCUGAUACAUCAGCUCACAGACGCCCUGUGCUGUGGACAUCACCCUAGGAGUGAUGUGGGGAGAGAGCGCCAUCUACUGUACCAACCCGGAGGGAGCAGGACCAAUUGUGCUCCCUCUGAGCACCGGCAGCUUGAUGGUAAAGCUGCAUGAGCGGGAGUUCGAACCUGCAACCUCCUGCUCAUAGUGGCAGCGCUUGAUUUAUAUGUGCAUAAAUUUAUAAAUUUAUAUGCAUAGUUCUCAGCAUAGUGAAGAUGUGGCCAGCAACAGCUUAUUUGCACAAAAGGGACUGAAACUGAAACUCUUAAUGUGAGAGUGAUUUUGUGUAGAGAACUUAAUGAACUUGUUUUGUAAAAACAGGUGCAAUAUGUCCCUUUUAAAUUCUAACUAUUAUUAAGGAUGAAAGCUUGUGAUCAGUGAUGAGUGUAAAUCAUAAAGAAUUUGCUCUUGUUCUUUUUUGUUUUUGUCAGAGUGUCUGUAUCCAUUUACUGAGUCUGUAAUAUUUACAUUGAUUGUUUUGGAAAUGAGGAGUGUCUCACUCUCUCAGUUUCUUUCAUAUGAAUGUUCACACCUUUUAAUAAAAUGCUAAAAUCA